AUGGCUGCCCUCAGACCUCUGGUGACAUCCAAGAUCAUUAAAAAGAGAACCAAGGGGCCCCUGGCUAAGAAGUUCAUCUGGCACCAGUCAAACCAAUAUGUCAAAAUUAAGCACAACUGGCAGAGACCCAGAGGCACUGACGAUAGGGUGGGCAGAAGAUUCAAGGGCCAGAUCUCGAUGCCCAACACCGGUUACUGGAGCAACAGGAAAACAAAGCACAUGCUGCCCAGUGGCUUCCGGAAGUUCCUAGUCCACAAGGUCAAGGAGCUUGAAGUUCGUGUGUGCAAAAAAUCUUACUGGGCAGAGAUUACUCCCAACGUCUCCUCCAAGAACCGCAAAGCUGCUGCAGAAAGAGCAGUGCCACUGGCCGUCAGAGGCACCCAUCCUGAAGCCAGGCUGCGCAGCGAAGAAAAUGAAUAGACAGUUUAUGUGCCUGUCAUAUUUGUGUUAAUAGAGCCAUAAAACUAAAAA